AUCUCCACGACUCUCAUGGAUUCCUGUCGGCCGACGAUAUCAGGUUCAAAUUUGAUCUCGGCGGAGGGACAACGCGAACUACACCCUCAAUUAUAGACACGUGCCUGCGCCUCUUGUCGACCGAGCUCCCGAACGAUAUCAUUAGCCACCCUUAUCUAAAAUAUGAUCUCGCGGUUCCAUACCUUCCGUGCCUAUGGAGUGUGAAGGCGGCACAGUGGAGGUGUCCACAACUACGCCAUGCCCACUUGGUAUCAUUCUAUCACAGUGACGAAACGGGGUCGGGGUCGGCCCAAACGUGUAUACAAGCAUGCGGGAAAAGGAGGGGAUUAGUGGACGACAUUCCAUAUCGACUUGGCUCGAUAAGGAGUACACGAUUGCGAACAUGGAGUGGAUUGAGAAAGAUAUACGACAAGUCAGCGCUGGGUGUUCCUUAAGCCCACGAUUGCGCAUCAUAAUGGAUGUUGUUGUCUCUGACUCUUUAUAUCGUGUACAUUUAUUUAUACCUGCUGGAGGUUCUACUAUGUAUAUUAUCGGAGCUAAUCUUCUCACCUUAUUACUACUAUCUUAGCUUCAACAUGAUCAAGC